GAAGAAGAAGACAGAGGAUGCCAAAGAAGCACGUCUGCUGGCCAUUGAAGAGCAGCGCCAGAAAGACGUCGCAGCAGCUAAGGUCGCCGAUGAAGAACGAUUACAGCGACGAGAGUAGAUUUUCAAUGGAGAGCGAGCCUUGCUCACGAUGGCCGUGGACUGGCAGACUCAGGCCGAGACUGGGAAGAUGGAGGAAAAUGAAAGCAAGAUUGCUCUCCUCCUCUGCCAUCUCAAGGACCUCCUCGCAAUGUGCAUUGUACAGCAGGAGGACAUUCAUCGCCUCAGCAGUCGUAUACAGCAGUUGGAGAAACGACUUGUUGUCGCCCCCAUUGCCAGCGCCUCCAACACGUCUGACCGCAUCCACGCCUUGGAGAUCGACGUUGGGGCACUCAAGGACGGCGCGCAGAUACAGCGAACUGCCACCCAACACUUGGAGCAGCGGAUUUGUGCUGCUGCUGCCCAUCCAAGUCCCGUUGAACGAGAAACGACUCCCAAGUGGGACGGACAGACAAUCUUCUUCGAUUCGUCAAAGACGGACCCCAUACAGUGGUUCCGCAACUUUGAACUGACACUGCAGCUGCAUCUCGUCAGCAAACACAAGCACCACACGUACUUAUACUCCCGUUCAGGAGGAGCAUGCCAGGCAUGGCUGGACAAUCUCUUGUCCAAGUACGGCGUGGUUGCUGCAGACCUGCACACCCAGAUCAGUUGGGAAGAUCUGAAGGCGGCGUGGCACAAGCGGUUCCAAGUAAAGCCGCCGGAGAUCAAGGCAAUGGACAAAUUGCUGACCUUCGAGCAGGGCACGCUGCCAAGUGGUGAUUGGAUCACCGAGUACCAACGCUUGACGUCCGUUCCAGAUCUGCAGAUGGGCUUCAAAGCCAUCAAGAAUUAUUUCAUUUCGAGGUCGUGCCCGGCGUUAAGCAACGCGUUGACUCAUGUUGACGAGUACCUAACGACCACAGCAGAGCUCUUCGACAAGGCUGCUCAGAUCAUUGUCACGAACAAGGAGGCCAAGAACCUUGGCCGUUCGUCUGCAGCAGGCCCGGGCAGAGACCAGCAUCGGCCGAGAGUGGUCGUGGUCGCGGCGGCAAUGCCACCCGACCUAUCUUACAGCGAGGCCGUUGGGCUGUCCAUCCAGGGGCAGAGGCCGUCAGGGAAACUGAGCGUCGCCAAGAGUGAGUCGACGACACUCUUGACGUCUUCGGAACCGGUCUCUGCGCACAUCACCGUCCUUCAUUCCAAAGCACAGGCGGAAGUCGAUAGUCCUCCUCUUCUUCAUUCUUUUGAGGACUAUGCUGCUCGGCUCGUUCCUACGCUGGGUUCUCAUGCUCAAGGACAAGACAGGUGUGCGGUUUCUUCUCCAUCCGGCAGCAGCUCUUUAUUGUCUUCAGGUGGUUCUUCACAGGAUUCGGCACGCGAGUUCAACAUAGAGGUAUUGGACCCGCUCACGUCUGAGGACUUUGCAUGGCUUCCUCUCCCGACCACGGGAUGCUUGCCGGGACCGCAAUGCGCAGCACUCUGCGCUCAUCUCCACCAGUACUUAUCCUUCUAUGCACCACCAGCUUCACUGACGGAUGAUGGAGCUGCGGUGGGGGACAUCUUGGCGUAUGUUACCAAGGUGGCCCGCGAGUUUCGCACGCAGCGGUACGAUGACAACAAUGCACCGCUGAUGUAUGUCCGCAUCCAGGUUGGGCAAGCAUCCUCCAGUGCGUUGCUGGAUAGCGACGCGUCUCGCAAUUUUAUGAGUCAGUCCUUUAUGCAAAGGGCUGGCCUUGGCACACAAGUUCGGAGGAAGGCAAACCCGACGGCGAUCAAGUUGGCGGAUGCGACCUUCCAGGCGGCGAUGACCAACGAGUUUCGUGCUAUGUUGGACCGAUUUGUGCUGGUCUACCUAGAUGACAUUCUCAUCUACAGCCGGACUUUGGAGGAUCAUCUUGGGCAUCUUCGACGUGUGCUUGAGACACUCGGCUAUGCCAAGUACAAAGCCAACCGGGACAAGCGUGAGCUCGUCCGGCAGGAGCUUGAGUACUUGGGCCAUUUUCUCACACCAGAGGGCAUCAGUCCGCUUUCGGACAAGAUUCAGGCCAUCGAGGAGUGGCCGGAGCCGUGGAACGUCACGGAUGUCCGUUCGUUUCUUGGCCUUGCUGACUACUACCAGCGCUUCAUCAAGGGUUAUUCAAAGAUCGCGGCUCAUUUGACCAAGCUUCAAUGCGAGGACCGGCCGUUUGACUUCGGUGCGGAUGUGCAGGAAUUAUUUUUGGCCCUCAAGGCCGCAUUGCUCUCUGCGGAGGUCUUGCGUAUCUACGACCCGCAGUUGCCUACACGCGUCACUACUGAUGCGUCCGGCUAUGGCAUUGGUGCUGUCCUCGAGCAACACGAUGGAGUGGACUGGCACCCGGUCGAGUACUUCAACAAGAAAGUGUCUGUCGUGCAUUCCAUUGAUGAUGCACGCAAGAAGGAACUUCUGGCCUUCGUCCACGCUCUCAAGCGCGAUGUCACACGCUAUUGCGAGUCUUGCGAGGUUUGCCGUCGCUGCAAAUCUCGCAAUCACCGUCCGUACGGCGAGCUGCGACCAUUGUCGGUCCCCUUGCGCCGAAGGGAAGCGAUUGCCAUGGACAUCACAGGGUCGUUCCCCAAGCACAAGACCAGUGUGGAUGGGAUUCUCACGGUGGUCCACAGACUCACCAAGUUUGCCAUGUUUUUGCCUUGUCGCUAUCAUGCUAAGGCACCGGAGUUGGCCGAGGUUUUGUACGCCGAUUGGAUUCGAACCAAGGGUUACCCCGAGGAGAUCGUCUGCGACCGCGACACUCGGUUCAUGUCCGAUUUUUGGUUGGCGCUCAUCAAGCGAUGGGGCUCAUCUCUCAAGCCCAGUUCAGCUCGCCACUCCCAGACUGAUGGACAGACGGAGCGGGCCCACCAGACUGCACAGGUUCUCCUUCGCACUCUUAUCCGUCCUGACCAGAAAGACAAGGUUGAGCGGCUACCGGAUGUCGAGCUGGCCUACAACUCAUCUAUCCACCCGGCUAUUGGGAUGUCGCCCUUCGAGUUUGAGAACGGCUCGCCGGUCACUUCGCCAUUGGAUACCAUCAUUCCACGAGCGGCCGAGAGCGACGACCAUCUUCUUUUCUUGCGUCAGAUGCAAGAGCUUCUUGUCAAGGCACGCGACCAGAUGACGAAGACGCAGCAACGCAUGAGCCUGCAGGCCAAUCGCGAGCGUCUUCCUUGCCCAUUCCGCGCCGGCGACCUCGUCUGGGUUUCCGCUGCGGAAUUCAGCCUUGAACAAGACAUCUCUCGCAAGCUCCUUCCGAAAUGGAUGGGGCCCUGGUCGAUCGUGGCACCCGCUAGAGAUGCACCUGAGGGACCCUCCUUCAUCAUUCAGGUGCCAACCCAUUUGCCCGCCUAUCCGGUCUUUCAUUGCUCCAAACUGGCCCUCUACACGCCAGCAGACCAUAACGAUUUUUCCGGGCGACGAUCGCAAGACCCACCCUCUAUGGAUGGUUUUCAGGAGGUCAGCGACAUCAUCUCCCAGCGCCGUCACGGCAACAGGACGACUGAAUAUCUGGUCCAUUUUGCGUACAGCAGUCACAGAGCUUACCGGUGGUUGACCCGUGCAGACCUCCAAGCGAUAGCUCCGGACGUUCUCGCACACUAUGAACGUAAGAUGCAAAGCAAGCCGGUUUCUUCGGUUCCACGCCGCCCCCGCGUUCCGGUUCCACCUUCAGAUCGUCAGCUUCGCCCCCGACCCGGCUUGACUUCAUAAGGAGGGGGGGGUGUUGCAUGCUGCGCCUGCACACGCAGGCCAAAAGCCUGAACUUCAAGCUGAAAGCCUGAAAUCC